AAGUUAAGCCAUAUGAAUUACGAUAGAAAUGGGGACCCAACUUGGAAACUAUGUUUGCAUGAAAGGAAAUUUCAUCUUUCAUACUUUUCCCAAAGCUUGAAAAGCUGCAGACAAGUUGGGGCCUAAGGGUCAUGAAAAGAGUAUCUUGGUUGGCAAAAAGCAAAAGCAAAAGCAAAAUUAAAGUAAAGAUCGUAAUUUAAAGGGUUAAUAAUAGUAAUCUCUCCUCACUGCCACGAUGCUUCAUUGCCUCACUUGUACUUUCUUUUCAGAUGCUUUUUGCAUGGCCAACCUCCUCUCUCCAAUCUCUAUCCGCCUCGAUCGGCCAUUAAUAUAUACUAUAGUAUUUUUUUUAAUUACUAUAGUUAAUAUAAGUUGUAAAACACAAGGUUAGCUUUUUCUUGGGGUUGAUAUAUAUUCGUACCAAAAUAGUGUUGUCAUAGGUGUGGUGAAAUCCAAGCUUCUCCCUUAAUAGUUUAAUUUAUUUUUAUUCUUUAAUUAUUUUUCUUAAGCAAAGAUGAAAUGGUUUCUUUUAUUGUGAUUUGUAUUAAGGAAAUUGGUCAAAGUUGAGUCUCAUCCGUCAACCUUUUGUAAUAAAUUAUCCUGCACGGUCGUUGGAUAUCUUUAUGAGAAUAGGAAGAGAUUAAAGUUCAAAAGCAACAAGGUUGAUUUGUGUACCUUUUUCUGGUUGAGCUUAUGUCACAAUCUUUCUUUAUAUUUGUUUUUUUUUUUCUGAAAAGUAAGCAUGAAAUCUUUAUUUCUUGGGAAAAGGAGAUUCCAAAAUCAAAGAAAUUUAAAAAAAAGAAGGAAAGAAAAAGAAAACAAACGUGAAUGAACAUUGCACCAAGUCAUCAAUCAGAAAAAAAGUGAAAGUUUAGUGGCGUGAAGAUGGGUUAGAUGCUGAAACUCCAAUCCACAGUUUCUUUCUUUUAUCAUUUAGUGAAAAAUUAUAAGCCUGAAAAGAAAAAGAUCAAAAGAAUCAGUUUUGCCUUCCUGAUCUUCAAUGGCUUUAUUUACACAGUUACUUGUUCUACAUCUCUACUUAAUAUCCGCUGUUCUGUCGCAGGUUACAGAGUUUAUCAGUAUUGAUUGUGGAAGCACAAGUAACUACACUGAUCCGAGUACUGGACUGGGAUGGAGUUCUGAUAUGGAUAUCAUGAAAUAUGGAAAACUUGUACAAGUAGAAAAUCCCAAUGGAAACUGGAUGCAGUAUCGAACUCGAAGAGACUUUCCUUCAGACAACAAGAAGUACUGUUACAAUUUAAGUACCAAGGAGAGAAGGCGGUACCUAGUUCGAGCAACAUUUCUGUAUGGCAGCCCUGAAAAUGAAGAUGCAUAUCCAAAAUUUGAGCUUUACUUAGACGCAACUGAGUGGGCAACUGUGAUAAUUCAGGAUGCAUCGAGAAUAUACGUGCAUGAAAUGAUCAUCAGGGCUCCCUCAGAUUCUAUUGAUGUUUGCACAUGCUGUGCAACAACCGGUUCCCCUUUCAUAUCCACUCUUGAGCUCCGCCCCUUGAAUCUGUCUAUGUAUGCCACAGAUUAUGAGGAUAAUUUCUUUUUAGACGUUGCAGCUAGAGUGAACUUUGGUGCUUUAACUAAGGAUGUAGUGAGGUACCCAGAUGAUCCUUAUGACAGAAUUUGGGAAUCUGAUCUUGAUAGGAGACAAAAUUUUCUUGUGGAUGUGGCCCCUGGAACAGAAAGAAUCAGGACGUCAAAGAACAUUGAUACAAGGACUAGAGAAUAUCCACCUGUUAAAGUAAUGCAAACAGCAGUUGUUGGCACUGAAGGAGAGCUCAGCUACAGACUAAACCUGGAAGGUUUCCCGGCCAAUGCUCGAGCCUAUGCAUUCUUUGCUGAAAUUGAAGACUUGGCUCCCGAUGAAACCCGGAAAUUCAGACUGCGAGAGCCUUAUGUACCUGACUAUAGCAAUGCUGUGGUAAAUAUAGCUGAGAAUGCCAAUGGGAGCUACAGACUUUAUGAGCCCAGUUACAUGAACGUCAGUCUGAAUUUCGUUCUGUCAUUCAUGUUUUCCAAGACCAAUGAUUCUACUAGAGGACCACUCCUUAAUGCAAUUGAGAUAAGUAAAUACCAGCAGAUUGCUGCAAAGACUGAUAGACGAGAUGUGACUGCUCUCAAUGCCAUUCGCUAUAUGUCUGCUGAAAACAUUUGGGCAAAUGAAGGAGGUGAUCCUUGUGUUCCAGCUCCUUGGGAAUGGGUACAUUGUAGCUCAACUCCACCACCAAGAAUAACAAAAAUUGCACUGUCAGGACAGAAUCUGGAAGGCCAAAUUCCCACUGAGUUUAAUCACAUGCAGGGAUUAACUGAGUUGUGGUUGGACUCCAACUCCUUAACAGGGUCACUCCCCGAUAUGAGUAGCCUUAUCAAUCUGAAAAUUGUACAUCUGGAGAACAAUAAACUUACCGGUCCACUACCUUCCUACCUUGGUCGUUUGCCUAACUUGAAAGAAUUGUACAUACAGAACAACUCUUUUUCUGGGGAAAUACCUCCACUACUGCUAAGCAGGAAAAUAAUUUUCAACUAUGAAGGUAAUCCUGGACUACAUAAUGAGGCACAGAGAAAAAUGCAUUUUAAGUUGAUACUUGGAACCUCAAUAGGAGUGCUAGCAGUUCUAUUAGUUCUUUUCUUGGGAAGUUUAAUAUUGUUGCGCAAUCUUCGAAGGAAGAUGUCUCACCGGAAAUGUGAUGAAAAUGGUAAUUCCCUGCACACUAGCACCAAACCUUCAACAGCCAAUUCAGUGGCAAGGGGUGGGCAUUUACUUGAUGAAGGUGUGGCAUACUAUAUCCCACUAUCUGAGCUAGAAGAAGCAACUAACAAUUUUACCAAAAAGAUUGGCAAAGGAAGUUUUGGAUCUGUCUACUAUGGCAAAAUGAAAGAUGGAAAAGAGGUAGCAGUCAAGACAAUGGGUGAUUCAUCUAGCCACUUGAAUAAGCAAUUUGUGACCGAGGUUGCCCUCUUAUCAAGAAUUCAUCAUAGAAACUUGGUUCCUCUAAUUGGAUACUGUGAAGAAGCACAUCAACGGAUAUUAGUUUAUGAAUAUAUGCAUAAUGGAACUUUGCGGGAUCACAUACAUGGUUCAGUAAACCAGAAGCCCUUGGACUGGCUUGCUCGUUUACAAAUUGCAGAAGAUGCAGCUAAAGGCCUUGAAUACUUGCACACCGGCUGCAGUCCCAGUAUCAUUCACCGAGAUGUAAAAACAAGCAACAUUCUCCUAGACAUCAAUAUGAGAGCAAAAGUGUCAGAUUUUGGACUUUCAAGGCAAGCUGAAGAAGACUUAACCCAUGUAUCAAGUGUGGCUCGAGGAACAGUCGGCUAUCUUGAUCCUGAGUACUAUGCAAGUCAACAAUUGACUGAAAAGAGUGAUGUUUACAGUUUUGGGGUUGUUCUUCUGGAACUUAUCUCAGGAAAAAAGCCAGUAUCAGUAGAAGAUUUUGGUGCUGAAUUGAACAUUGUUCACUGGGCAAGAUCCUUAAUACGAAAAGGCGAUGUGAUAAGCAUUGUUGAUCCAUUUCUGGUCGGAAAUGUCAAAAUUGAGUCUAUUUGGAGGAUUGCUGAAGUGGCCGUCCAAUGUGUUGAGCAACAUGGAUACUCCCGCCCCAGGAUGCAGGAAAUAAUUUUGGCCAUACAAGAUGCAAUCAAGAUAGAAAAAGGGAAUGAAGGCAAUCCAAAAUUGGCUCCUGGUAGUUCCAGGGGACAAUCUUCUAGGAAAACUCUACUAGCAAGCUUUCUUGAAAUUGAGAGCCCUGAUUUAUCAAAAGACUGCCUGGUCCCAUCUGCUAGAUGAUUUUGUAACACACCUGCUGACAUUUUUUGAGUAUCAUGAUAUCAGUGUCGUUUACUACAUACUUAGCAUGUAUAUUUGGAAUGUAACAACUGUAACAUAGGCUUACUGCUUUUAGGAAAUCUCGCCUUUUACACUGCUUAUGCAAAACAAGAUGGAAAUAGAAGAGUUGCUUAUACAAUAGUUAGCAUGUAUAAUUGGAUUUGAAAUGUUUUUAAAUAAAUUAUCUCAAGUGGAAAAUUUUUUUA